AUGCGCGCCACAACGUAUCUCGCUGUGGCUCUUGCUGCCACUGCAGCAACCGCUCAGACAACGACAAGGCCGAUCGUCACUGUCUGGGUCACCGAAUGGACAACACAGACAUCUACUGUCACCAAUGUUCAAACCGUUUGGCGAACUGUCACCACAUGGGUCUCCGCACGCACAACAUCAACAGCGUCCUCUACCCGAUCCACGACGAGUCCACCUGUACUGCCUCCAACCACGCCGCCUCCUGCGCAGCCGACGCAGACGCUCUACGGCCAAUGUGGUGGAAACAACUACAGCGGGGCAACACGGUGCGUCGCAGGCUCGUCUUGUCGGGUGCUGAACGAGUGGUACCACCAGUGUCUUCCCUGA